GCGGGAUCUGACGCUUUCCCCGGAAGUCUCGCGGGAGGAUCUGCCCCGGGGCGGAGCGGAAGCGGCCAGAAAGAGAGAGAGGAGAGGCAGCUCCACCGAGGAGAGGGCUGCAACUAAAUUUCCCUCCUAUCGUGGUGGUGGCCAGACACUUGACAUUUGGGACUUUUCUCUAGUGGCAUACCAAAGGUGCGGGCAGCGAAGGGGGACAAGCCCUUCUCUUUGUGUGGCCUCCACAGGGAAGUUGAAACCACCAUGGAGGCCAUAGCGAAAUAUGACUUCAAAGCCACUGCGGACGAUGAACUGAGCUUCAAACGAGGGGACAUUCUGAAGGUUUUGAAUGAAGAAUGCGACCAGAACUGGUACAAAGCUGAGCUCAAUGGAAAGGAUGGAUUUAUUCCUAAAAACUACAUAGAGAUGAAGCCACAUCCGUGGUUUUUUGGAAAGAUACCACGUGCCAAAGCAGAGGAGAUGCUCGGUAAACAGAGACAUGAUGGUGCCUUUUUAAUCCGGGAAAGUGAAAGUGCGCCUGGGGACUUCUCGCUAUCUGUCAAAUUCGGUAAUGAUGUACAGCACUUCAAAGUUCUGAGAGAUGGGGCAGGAAAAUACUUCCUAUGGGUUGUAAAGUUCAACUCCCUGAAUGAAUUAGUGGAUUACCAUCGGUCUACGUCUGUAUCCCGGAACCAGCAGAUCUUCUUGCGUGACAUCGAGCAGGUGCCACAGGUACACGGGGGAGAAAGAGCAACGAAUUUACCACAGCAACCUACGUUUGUGCAGGCACUGUUUGACUUUGACCCCCAAGAAGAUGGGGAACUUGGAUUUCGACGAGGAGACUUCAUCCAGGUGGUGGACAACUCAGAUCCAAACUGGUGGAAGGGAACGUGCCAUGGGCAGACCGGCAUGUUCCCACGCAAUUAUGUGACACCCGUCAACCGUAACCUGUAACUAGAGCCUGCGAGGGACUGGCAGCCAAGAAGGAGCACAGGCAGACUGACCCGGGAGAGUGUAUGGACUGAUUUAUUUGGAGACCAGGGUGGUGUUCAGUAUGAAUUAAUAUAGAGAAGUAUGGACUGAUUAACUGACCAUGUGAGCAAAGACGUAUUAUUGACAAACAGGACCACCAGAGGACAGGGUUAGGGUGGACAUAUUGACAUGUAGAUGCACUGACAGACUGGUUGGAUAACAAAGUCAGACCCAAGAUUUGUCAAAGAGGGGUCAGGCGGGUUGGCUCUAUCACAGGUAAUUAGUUUGCUAGUUUUGUUAAGUUACUGACCAAUUCAACUGCAGCAUGACAUAAGGGGAGGGAGACUUAUAUGCAAACUUGUAGACUGACCUGCAGAAACAGCUGUGAACACCCCCUGGUUCAUAUUAUGACGAGGCCUCCCAGGAGUCUGGCUGUGCUUAAUGCAUUUGCUUCAUCUUUUUGAGGGGAAGGGAAGAACACUUGGCUCAGAAUGGAACUUUAUAUUGGGGUGGGAAGGGUUGAGGUUCUGGCAGGCUCAGUGGGAGGGGGGAGAAAUUAUGGAUGUUUUGAUUUAGAAUGCCAAAACUUACCUUUAAAUUAAAAACCCAAAACAAGAGACUUUUUUUAAUUAACAAAUUCCCUUCACUGCUGCUGUUCCUUCCCCAAUUUUAGCUCCUGCUUCACUCCUCUUCUGUCGUAUCAUGCAUGUGUGUUAGCAGCGCACUGAAUACAAAACGCACCUGUAAAAUAAAAUGUGCAGAAUUGAGAGCUGCCAUUUUCAGUCAUUUUCUCUCUAUGCAAUUCUGGGGCUACUGGCAUACAGAUUAGUAAAUACCACCGCUUCUCGGGACAGAUCCAAGGAUUUUCUCAACUUGAACGAGGAUGCUUGAGCGUAAGUCAGAUGGCUGCCAUGCCUGGUCAUCAUUCUCGCUGUUCAGCUGAUCCGCACCAGCUAGCAUUAUUUAUACGAUAUGAUAAUCUUCAACAUCUCCACUGAAAGGGGUAGCAUGUUAUACCUAAUCUGAGCAAACAUUGGUAGAUCACGUCUGUUGUAGAGGUACUAGAAGCAAGGUCUACAUUUCUGAAAUUGUUAGAAGAGAAAUGACACUGCUAAUCUUGAGAAAGUACAUUAUAAGGGUCUAAAAUUUAAAUAAUGUAAGUGUACUCUGACACUGAAGGGGUUAAACAUUUUUUUUUUUUUUUCUUCUUCUUCCUCUUCCUUAAAGACUUACUUGACUAUUAAGUCCUGCACGAGACGGGAAAACUUGUCUAACCUACCUAGUUUGCUCAGACUUAUUUUUUACGUCCAGUGUCUCUUUUUAACCCUUAAUCUUCAGUGGAGGUGAGUUCUGUUCAAGGCUAAUGAUCCAGGGCAGAUCUUUUAUCCUUUAGACCACAGCAAAGUACAAAUUCUGCCACUUUACAGUAUCGCUUCAAAGUAUUUCACUUGUCAAGAUUCUUUCUAAACACUUUGGAAUGUUUUGCUUGGAAAAAAAAAAGUAUUACAAUGUCCUCUGUACAGCUUUCAGCCUUAUAUUUGCAUAAUUGGAGCUCGACCAUUUUGCAGUAUGUAUUUAACCUCUUCAGAGACCUAUUGACUUUAGACAGGAGUCUAGGCCUUCAAGGUUUAGUUAUUCAGUGCUGUUAAUGUUAUGGAUUUAUGCUGAGAAGAAAAAAAAAAAAAAGGUUUGGUUCCCUAAUUUUUCACAUUUUGAAAGGGGUUCCUUGCAAUGGUAACACAAUUCCCGCAGUGUAACAGCACCGGCAUGUGCUCUGUUUCUGCUCCUUUUUGCCCCUCUGUGUCUCGGUUCAUCUAUGUCCACUUCCUUCAGGUCUAUGUGAAUGGGCUAGGAACGCACUGGGACCAUAUGAUUGUGUAUUUGAGGGUUUGUGUAUAUCCUGCAACCUUGCAGAUCGAUAACUUGUGUGUGUAUAUAAAAAAAAAAAAAUCAAAUCAGUGUUUAAAUAAUUAAGAACAGCUUCUGUAUUUAAUCUUCCAAUACAGCAUUUGCUAGAUAGAUAAUAACUGUGAAUAAUAAAAAUCAUGUGUAUUCUUCA